UCCUUUAAGGCAGCGAGUCGGCUCAGUGGAGCGUGUUUCGCCCCCUCCGACGCCGCGGAGGUAGCGGCUUCACCUUUAAGGCGGCGCGGGGACUGCUGGGAAGGCCGGCGGGAUGGAGGCAGCGAGAGUGGCUUGCCUUUGCGGAUCGCGGUGAAGCCGGACUGGAGUCGGAGCCAGAGCGGGAGCUGGUUCCAAGCAGUACGUGCAGGCCCGGCGCCCGCUUGCCCGCCCAUCGCCUCGACAGGCAGUACGACCAUGGCCACGAUGGUGCUUCCUCGGGAGGAGAAGUUGAGCCAGGACGAGAUAGUGCUGGGCACCAAGGCCGUCAUCCAGGGACUGGAGACCCUGCGCGGAGAGCAUCGUGCCUUGCUGGCUCCCUUAGCUUCUCAUGAGGCUGGCGAGGCCGAGCCGGGCUCUCAGGAGCGCUGCCUCCUCCUGCGCCGAUCCCUGGAGGCCAUCGAGCUGGGGCUUGGGGAGGCCCAGGUGAUCCUGGCACUGUCCAGCCACCUGGGGGCUGUGGAGUCAGAGAAGCAGAAGCUGCGGGCUCAGGUGCGGCGCCUGGUACAGGAGAACCAGUGGUUGCGUGAGGAGCUGGCGGGGACACAGCAGAAGCUGCAGCGCAGCGAGCAGGCAGUGGCUCAGCUGGAGGAAGAGAAGCAGCACCUGCUGUUCAUGAGCCAAAUCCGCAAGCUGGAUGAGGAUGCUUCCCCCAACGAGGAGAAGAGUGAUGUCCCUAAAGACUCCCUGGAUGACCUGUUUCCCAACGAGGAUGAGCAGAGCCCAGCCCCCAGCCCUGGAGGAGGGGAUGUGGCUGCCCAACAUGGGGGCUAUGAAAUUCCAGCAAGACUCCGCACCCUGCACAAUCUAGUGAUCCAGUAUGCGUCACAAGGCCGCUAUGAGGUGGCCGUACCCCUCUGCAAGCAGGCACUGGAGGAUUUGGAGAAGACGUCAGGCCACGACCACCCUGAUGUGGCCACCAUGCUGAACAUUCUGGCACUGGUCUAUCGGGACCAAAACAAAUACAAGGAUGCUGCCCACCUGCUCAACGAUGCCUUGGCCAUCCGGGAGAAGACGCUGGGCAGGGACCAUCCAGCUGUGGCUGCGACACUGAACAACCUGGCUGUUCUGUAUGGCAAGCGGGGCAAGUACAAGGAGGCUGAGCCACUGUGCAAGCGGGCACUGGAGAUCCGGGAGAAAGUCCUGGGUAAGUUUCACCCAGAUGUGGCCAAGCAGCUCAGCAACCUUGCCUUGCUGUGCCAGAACCAGGGCAAAGCUGAGGAAGUGGAGUACUACUACCGGCGGGCACUGGAGAUCUAUGCCACGCGCCUUGGGCCAGACGACCCCAAUGUGGCCAAGACCAAGAACAACCUGGCUUCCUGCUACCUGAAACAGGGCAAGUACCAGGAUGCAGAGACCCUAUACAAGGAGAUCCUUACCCGUGCUCAUGAGAAGGAGUUUGGCUCAGUCAAUGGGGACAACAAGCCCAUCUGGAUGCAUGCAGAGGAACGAGAGGAAAGCAAGGAUAAGCGCCGGGACAACACCCCCUAUGGGGAAUAUGGCAGCUGGUACAAAGCCUGUAAAGUUGACAGCCCCACAGUCAACACCACUCUGCGCAGCUUGGGAGCCCUGUACCGGCGUCAGGGCAAGCUGGAAGCUGCGCACACACUGGAAGAUUGUGCCAGCCGCAGCCGCAAGCAGGGCCUGGAUCCUGCCAGCCAGACCAAGGUGGUGGAACUACUAAAAGAUGGUAGUGGUGGACGAGGAGACCGUCGUGGCAGCCGAGAUGUAGCUGGGGGUCCUGGGCCUCGGCCUGAGUCUGACUUUGAGGAGUCAGGGCCUACAGCUGAGUGGAGUGGAACAGGCCUUCCCCUACAGGACGGCAGUGGCUCCUUGCGGCGCAGUGGCUCUUUUGGGAAGCUCCGGGAUGCCUUGAGACGAAGCAGUGAGAUGCUAGUGAGGAAACUGCAGGGGGGCAGCCCACAAGAGCCUCCUAAUCCCAGGAUGAAGAGGGCCAGCUCUCUCAACUUCCUCAACAAGAGUGUAGAAGAGCCAGUCCAGCCUGGAGGCACAGGUUUCUCUGACAGCCGCACCUUGAGCUCCAGCUCCAUGGACCUCUCCCGAAGAAGCUCCCUCGUGGGCUAAAGCUGCAGGGGCAGCCAGUUGCCAGAGCCUCAGUCCAACACAAACUCUUCUCCCCCCAGCCCUGCGCAUGGGCCUGCUGCUUGUCCACCUGUCCCUCCCAAGGACCCCUGUCUUUUCUGUUCAAUCUCAGGGUAACCUUCUCCCUUGUCAUCUCAGCCUGGGCCCUGGAGGCCUGGCCUGCCCACUCCAGCUCUAACCCUUAUUUAUUCCUUACAGCAGAGGCCUCUCUUCCCUAUGUUGAGGGCUAAUGGGAGUGGCUGCCUGGAGGCUCCAAAGACCGGUAGCCUACCUACCCAGCCCUCAAAGCCAAGAACACUAAGUACUUGCCAUCCCCCUCAGUACCUUCGCUCCCCGCCCCCCAACCCCGGCCGUUGCUUCUGUAUAUAGAGAAAUAAGUUAUUGGCCGUGUCUUCCCCUCAAUCCAUGGUACUCCCAGGCCUUCACCUGCCUCGCCCUUCUCCAGUGGUACCGCCCAGGCCUUAAUCACUCCCAUUCCACGUGGUGGUAUUUCCCAAGCUCUACAUUCUCGGAAUGGAAGGGUUCCCUGGACCUCCUCGGAGGCACUUAUGGCCUCCGAGGGAUGUGCCCCACCCCGCAUUGCCCUUGCCAGGUCUCCCAUAUCGCUGGGCUCUGCGUUGCAUCCCGGUCUUAUGCACUGUCCCUCCCACUUCGUUCUGCCCAGGCAUGGCCUGACCCCGCCCCGGGCGCCACCCAUCGAGCCAUCCUGCCACGCCUCCCGUUCCCGCAGCUUCUGGUGCCCCCCAACACACCGCGGUAGGAGGGGCUAACCCAUUUGUGGGGUGAGGCAGUCGCUCUAUUUUCAGAUGUUGCUGUAGAAAUAAAGACGGUUUGAAUCUGA